AUGGAUGAUUUACGCGGUCCAACAAUUCAAAUUGUGUUACACGUUAAGGAAGGGCUUGGUUUUGGUUUUCUCAAGUCUCCUUUUAUCGUGAGUGGUUCUCUGAAUGGUUAUAUAUUGGAAACUGAUCCGACCGUGCCAACUCAUGCGCCGGUUUUUGACGCGGAAUUGGUGUGGGAGGCUGACAAGAGACGAUUCAGGAGUUUGAGAGUACAAAAUGUGCCGGUAAAAAUAGAAGUAUACACUACAAGCACUCAGGGUAAAAAAGAUAAAGUUGGUUAUUUACUCUUGAGUCUCCUUGGAGCACAACCUUGUCCUACAAACAAGAUUGUAGAGGUGAAACAUUCUUGGCACAAAUUGCUGGGUGUGAAGUCAGAAGGCAAAUGUUGCCAUCCGCAGCUUCUCAUGAGCCUGUCUGUAGAAGACAGAGUUAAUACUAUAACACCACGCAAUGAGUUGAGGAUGUUUCACAGUAAUGAAGUUGCUUAUCCAACAUCUCGUACAAACACUGACACGACGGGCCCUGUACCAUUGACAUUAGAUGAAUACCUCAGAGAGAGUAAGAAGACCAUUUCUCAUCCCUAUCUCCAACCACAGCUAAUCUGUGAAGAAGGACUCAUACAAAUUGGCGAUGGGAAGGAUCUAUUUGUACUGGCUAUUGUUAUCGGCUCUAUAGAGAACUUGGAUUCGUUGCUACCUUUAGAUUGUAUCAACAAGACUCCUGAUUGUUACCUCACAUACACGGUUUUUACUCACACUAUCAUGACUGAUAGAGUUCGUGCGUCCAACCCCAGUCGCGUGUCUCUAAACCAGCGUACGUCUCUUAGAGUUCGGGCUUCACUGUCAGUAUUAUCAAAUUUUUGGAAAGACUGCCCACGUCUUGUAGCUACACUGUGCACUAAUGCACCUAUUGUAGACGCUGCGAGGGUUAGGCCCUGUUUGUUUUUAGAUAGAAGCGAGUUGGACGAUCAGUUGGACGAUCAGUUGGUCGAUCAGUUGGUCGAUCAGUUGGUCGAUCAGUUGGUCGAUCAGUUGGUCGAUCAGUUGGUCGAUCAGUUGGUCGAUCAGUUGGUCGAUCAGUUGGUCGACCAGUUGGACGAUCAGUUGGACGAUCAGUUGGUCGACCAGUUGGACGAUCAGUUGGACGAUCAGUUGGUCGACCAGUUGGACGAUCAGUUGGUCGAUCAGUUGGACGAUCAGUUGGUGGAUCAGUUGGUCGAUCAGUUGGUCGACCAGUUGGUCGAUCAGUUGGUCGAUCAGUUGGUCGAUCAGUUGGACGAUCAGUUGGUCGAUCAGUUGGUCGAUCAGUUGGUCGAUCAGUUGGACGAUCAGUUGGUCGACCAGUUGGACGAUCAGUUGGUCGAUCAGUUGGACGAUCAGUUGGUGGAUCAGUUGGUCGAUCAGUUGGUCGACCAGUUGGUCGAUCAGUUGGUCGAUCAGUUGGUCGAUCAGGUGGACGAUCAGUUGGUCGAUCAGUUGGUCGAUCAGUUGGUCGAUCAGUUGGUCGAUCAGGUGGACGAUCAGUUGGUCGAUCAGUUGGACGAUCAGUUGGUGGAUCAGUUGGUCGAUCAGUUGGUCGACCAGUUGGUCGAUCAGUUGGUCGAUCAGUUGGUCGAUCAGGUGGACGAUCAGUUGGUCGAUCAGUUGGUCGAUCAGUUGGUCGAUCAGUUGGUCGAUCAGGUGGACGAUCAGUUGGUCGAUCAGUUGGUCGAUCAGUUGGUCGAUCAGUUGGUCGACCAGUUGGACGAUCAGUUGGUCGAUCAGUUAUCAUUUCACGUUUCACGUGUAUGCAGUAUGGAUGUAACGAAACUAGUGCCAACAGAUGACUUGCAAACAUUCAUUGACAACUUCUGUACUAAUAACACAUUGACGAUACAAGAGCGGUGUUUCUUUGUGAGGACUGAUGACGUCAUCACUAAUAAUAGCAAACGGCCGUAUAUGGACGUUGAAAUGAGUUUAAAAUAUGUAGGAGUGAGUACAACGAAGAAACCUGUCCUAACAGCGAAAAGUGCGACGCAACUGAAAAUAGACAAGGAAAUAUCGACAGAUAUACUAGACUUUAAGAGUGGUAGUUGUACGGACUUAGGUGAAGUGGGCGGCGUGGCGUACACUAAUAUGACGCCUAGUAAUACUGCACGGUACAAGAACGCAUCAGGCGACGCCGUCUUACAAACAAACGAAAUCGCUGAGCUUAUAAAGAAAAUGUAUGAAUCAUUCACACUGAGUCAGGAGAAGUUGUUAACACAAUUACAUACACACAAGAGUGACGUACAGGUGCAGUGUGAAGAAGACAGACAGACUGACGUGGAUAACGAACCUGUAAAAUUGGAGGACAGUAAAAGUGAUACCUGUAUCAAAAAUAAUGAAAAAGUUUCGGACAUGAUACACAAAGCCUUGACCCAAGCUGAGAGGGACGAACUAAUGAAGAGGUACGUUCAAGAGUUAGAGGAUUGGAAGGAGAGGCAACAACAGUUGUAUACGUGUCAGUUAAAACGUAAAGAGGAGCAUCAUCUAUCGCUAUUGUCUUCCGAAUGGUCCACCCGGCGGGCGUUUUUGGAGGAAAGGCUUGCUCGAGGUGUGGAGCAAUGUAGGAGACUAGCGGAAGACCUUAGUAGCGCUACUGAGGACUUCCGGUUGAGAGGAUACAGGAACAAUGAGCGGGAGAAGAAGCUGUUAGACGCAAAGAAAGCGUUAGAGGCUCACUACACCUCGAAGUAUCAAGAAUUAAGAGAGGCUUCACAGAAGAUGGAAGAUGAUAUGAACCACCGACUGAAAAUGAAAGACAUGGAGAUAGAAGAAUUACAACAUAGAAUACACGCGCUAGAGAAACAGAAGGAGGGGAUAGAGAAUAAUCUGAGGAAUGUUGAAAAAGACGCUGAAAGUAAAUACUCAGGCUUGACGAAAGAUCAAACGGCGAGCUUAAUACAAGAACUGCGCAAUCUAGAAGAAAAAUUAGACAGUGCAGUACAAUCGAAGUGUUUCUUCAAAGAACAGUGGGGCCGAGCUGUGAGGGAGUUACACACAAUCAAGAUUAAUACAAGGAGACAGAUGUUACACACACUGAGAAAUGAGAGGAGGAGACUCGGAGAGAGUCUAGACCCUAUAGAAGAUCAAGAGACAGUGCAGACUCAAAGCCCCUUGGAUAUUAACAGACUUAAGGAUGAUUUCUACGCAGACAUAUUAGCAAACACUCCAGCGCUUGAAUCACAUUCCAUUAUAAGUCAAGAUGGUAUGGAGAUAUUUGACGAUUUAAAAAAUCUUCCCAAAAACAAUACAAGUGACAAACUCGGCGCGUUGAUAUCUGAGCGAGAUGAGCUCAUACAACAAACAUCUCCCGAUGAAGAACGACUAAAACAACUCAACAACGAAAUAAGAAGCCUGCUUGUUAAUUGUACUACUUGA